AAUGUUCUGUUCCUCUUCCUCCGUGAAUAGGGGACGAUCAUCUCUGUCAUUCUUCUACUUCCUUUAGAAGAAUACAGAUAGAAACCAGCUGCUUCUGUAUGUUUUUCUUCGUUAAUUCUGUUUUUACACUUUCAAAUGUCCUUAAAAUAGAUUAAUAGAAAGUAACUUCUUUUCACCCCUAAUUUAUCUUAUACGUCAUCUCCUCUCAUCUCUAUUCAUCAAACUCUUCCUUUUCAUUCUUUUGAUUCCAAAUCAAAAACACAUUUGUUCCCUUUUUUUGUUGGGAGUAUAAUCUAAUAUUAUGGGCUGCAGCUGCUCUAAAGGAGCACGAGAAAAUGAUACCAUCGACGAGAACAUUAGCAACAACUAUGUUAAAACCUCCAAGAACAAGAGGAAGCCUACUUCUUCGAGCAUAGCCAUUGUAGGAUCCGAUGAAAGGUCAGGCUUCAUUUAUUCCAACAAAGACAACGAUACCACAUUGGCGGUUUUGAUACCAAGUGAUCCCACAAACUCAACUCCCUUGUCAUCUGUUGAGGCUGAGAAGAAGGUGAAUAUCGAGAGAAAAUCUUCCAGGUCUUUGUUCCAGAGACGGCCUACCAUUGACACCAAAAAACUAGGAGCACCGCAACAACCUAUGAUGACUAGGAUAACAAGUGUUAGUAAUGGAGAAAGAGGUGCUCAGGUUGUUGCUGGUUGGCCUUCUUGGUUAGCUUCUGUUGCUGGUGAAGCUAUCAAUGGUUGGAUUCCACGCAAAGCUGAUUCCUUCGAAAAAUUAGAAAAGAUUGGACAAGGAACGUAUAGCAGUGUGUACAAAGCCAGAGACCUAGAGACGAACCAACUAGUUGCAUUGAAGAAAGUGCGGUUUGCUAAUAUGGAUCCAGACAGUGUUAGGUUCAUGGCAAGAGAGAUAGUCAUCCUUCGUAGGCUUGACCAUCCUAAUGUCAUGAAGCUUGAGGGUUUGAUUACUUCUAGAGUAUCAGGAAGUAUGUAUCUUAUAUUUGAAUACAUGGAACAUGAUCUCUCAGGCCUUGCUUCAACCCCUGGUGUUAAGUUCUCUGAGGCACAGAUUAAAUGCUAUAUGAAACAGUUGCUUCAUGGCUUAGAACAUUGUCAUAGCAGAGGUGUAUUGCAUCGUGACAUCAAGGGCUCUAAUCUGCUUCUUGACCAUAACAACAAUCUCAAAAUUGGAGAUUUUGGUCUUGCUAAUUUUUAUGGUGACCACAAGAAGCAGCAGCUUCUUACUAGCCGUGUUGUUACUUUGUGGUACCGUCCACCUGAGCUUUUAUUCGGGUCAACGGACUAUGGCGUUGCUGUGGAUAUGUGGAGCACAGGUUGUAUUCUAGCUGAACUCUUUUAUGGGAAGGCUAUCAUGCCUGGAAGAACAGAGGUUGAACAGCUACACAAGAUUUUUAAACUAUGUGGUUCACCUUCUGAUGAGUAUUGGAAAGGAUCUAAACUCCCACAUGCCACCGUCUUUAAACCUCAGCAGCCUUACAAAAGGUGUGUAGCUGAGACUUUUAAGAGUCUUCCAUCUUCAGCUUUGGCAUUAGUGGAAGUUCUUUUAGCUGUUGAACCAGAUGCCCGUGGAACCACAGCUAAUGCACUUGAAAGCGAGUUCUUUACAACAAAGCCUUUAGCAAGUGACCCAUCAAGUUUACCAAAGUACCAACCGAGAAAGGAGAUUGAUGUGAAGCUUCAAAAAGAGGAAGCAAGACGAAAGAAAGGUACAAGCAGUAAGCAGAAUGAGUCAAAACAAGCAUCUAAAGAAUCUAAAGCUGUUCCGGCUCCAGAUGCCAAUGCCGAGUUACUAGCAUCAAUACAAAAACGUGAAGGGCAGAAUAACCAGACAAGCAUGAAUGAGAAGGUCAAUCCUGAUGAAGAUGCAGCAGUGAAGGGUGUUAUGACGAGGGAUUCGAGUCGGUCUCCUCCUCCUAGAAAAGAACUGAGGAUGCAACGGUCUUUUGUUCAACGUGGAUCAGCACAGUUGACAAAAUUCUCAAACUCAGUAGCUGCUAGAGAUGCGUCACAUUUCGCUAUAGCAAAUCCACGGUGGUUUGAAGAUAGGUACAAUAAUAAAAAGGGAAAGCAAAACGAUGGUGAUGGCUCUGAACGUUUGCUGGUUAAUAAUCCCAAAGACUCUGCAAAAGACAAAGAAUCCACUGGUAAGAAGAGAACAUCUUGAGCAUAACUUUGCUUUGCAGUGAAAAUUUUUGUGGGCUAAUCACAUUUUUGGUUUUUGAUGUUUAGGGUGACUGUGAAAAAAACAGAGAGAAUGAACAUCUCUGGGCCAAGGAAACUUAGAUGCAAUGUUGAAAGAACAUGAAAGAAAGAUUCAGUUAAGCUGUUUGAGUGGAUAAGAAGACAAAUAGGGACAAAGUCAAGCGUCUCUUGAUGCAAAUGGCAUCAGAUAAGAAUCUUUUGGGAGUUAUCAGAAGGAGAAAGAAAGUUUGAGAUUUUACAACGUAGAGUCAGUUGAUCUUUUGUGUAAAGUUGAAAGCUAAAAUUGUGUAAUUUAUUUGAUUCUUCAUUAUUUGUAAUUUUUUUUAACUAUUUAUGAUACGUAGUAAUGGUUUUACGUGAGUCUAUAUAAUGAAAUGAAAUGUUUAGUGGCGGC